AUGUCAAAUUACGUCAAACUGCUGAACGAUGAGCUGCUUUCAAAAUUCUCAAACCUCUCACAAAAGUAUGGAUUAAGAACAAAACAUAUACUAGAUUUGUGCUAUGAAGAAUGUUUAAAAAGAGUAGAUGACAUGGAUAUAAACUUAACAUUGAAUAUGUUGAGAAGUUAUACGUUUUUCUCUUUCGAAUAUAGAGACAUAUUCCUUAAAAGUAUACCUAAAUUAUCAGAAAACGUGGAUUCUUUCUCUAACGAUGACGUGCUAAUGUUCCUAAACGUUGCAAAAACGUUGAGCCAGUUCCCGGAACUUAUACAGUUCAGAGACUUAAUCCUGUCAAAAAUGAACGAAAACCUAGAAUCGCAGCCCAAUACACACUUGAUAAGAUGUGUGGGAGAACUGUACAGAGGAUCGCGUAGUAGAAGUGGAAAGAUGUUUGUUUCAAACGUUUUGGACAAAAUCGACGAAGACGAUUUCAGAUUAGUUAGUGUCACUAACCUUGUGAAUGUGAUGCACACAAUAAACUUUUAUAAAAUGAAAUUGACAUAUUUGACUGAUAUUUUAACGAUUCUGAGCAUGAGAAUGAAUGAAAUCGUGUCAAACAGAAACCUUGGAUUAUGGUCUGAAAUUUUCAGUGUAUUACUUGAAACAGGAUGGUUUUCACUACCUUUUAUGCAAUCAGCAAUCAAACAUAUUAUAUCGGAACCACAAGUGUUGUGCAGAGUCUCCACAUACCAAAUUGUGAGAGUCCUGCAAACAUUCUAUAAACUACGCUUGUACCACAAAGAAUCGUACCAAACGCUUUUGGACUCAAUAGAGAGAGGCUUUGACAUGUUAGUCCCGAAGUUUAACAUGAUAUCGGAGACAAUACUGGCGGCAGCAGACGCAAAUAUAGAACAUGAAACGCUAUUUACAAGAAGCCUAGAGUUUUUUGAUUCCAGAAUACAGCACCUGAACCUGCUUGAACGGGAUGAUGACCUGAUAACCGUCAUGAAUAAGAACUAUAUUUGGCCAAGGAAUGUAAUAACAAGCGCAUGGAGUAUGGCAGUGAUGGACCUUCAUAAACGAGAUGGGUUUAAAACUCUUCUGGAGUUGAUAGUUCAUAGAAAGUUUGCUGAGCAGGACUUUGACAUGAACACAAUCUUGAUGUGCCUUGAGACUGCUGAAGCGUGCAUGGUCGACGAAGUAAACAUGGAGCUGGCCCAGGAAAUUUCCGACCUUUUCGGAGAUAAAAUGAGGUUCAAGGAAAUUAACAUGGAGGAAGAGGUAGAAUAUGAAACCCUGAGAGACAAUAAACUAAGCUUUAAUGAGUCUCAAAACAUACACUUUCAUAAGGGAAGAUCGAGAGCAACAAAGCACAUACAGAUUACGUUUAACUAUUUUAGUUAUUUUCAAAUUCUGUGUUUAUUUCUGAUUUCAGGUAUUCUGGAUAACAUUAAUAAGAAGGAUAUCUUGCUGAAAGUAUCCCCUCAUUACAACUCGCCGUAUAUUAUCGAUAUCUGUUUCCCGAAGGAAAAUAAGAAGGGGAUUGUACUGUUCAGUGGUAGAGAGUUGUUGAGAAACCAUGUGGAUUCUACAUGGUCAGUUAGUAACACAGGAUCCUCAAAGUUGAAAUUAAAGAUACUCAGCAAACAAAACUGGAACGUAAGUAGAAUUUCAUUUACUGUUAUUCAGGUUGCACAAGUUAGCUGCAGUCAGUGGUCGGUUCUUAACACAGGAAUGGAGCGGAAGGAUUUUGUUAAGAAACUUUUAACUGAACUAAACAUAUCAUACUAA